CUUUCUAGGGGUAACUAAUAGCCCCAAACGGUAAUUAGUAGCCCUAAAAGAGCAAUUAAUAGCCCUACUGGGGUAAUUAAUAGCCUCCAUGGGGUAAUUAAUGCUCUCUAAAGGUAAAUAAUGUCCUCUAGGAGUAACGAGUAGCCGCAAGGGGUAAUUAACAGUCCCCAAUAGGCGAUUAAUAGCCCUAAAGGCGUAAUUAAUAGCCCUAAAGGGGUUAUUAAUGCUCCCUAAGGGUAAUUAAUAGCCCCAAGAGAUACUUAAUAGCCCCCAGUGGGCAAUUAAUAGCCCCAAUUCCUGUAAUUAAUAUCCCCAUGGGGUAAAUAAUGCUCCUUGAAGAGUAAAUAAUAGCCCCAAAGGGGUAAUUAACAGCACCAAGGGGUAACUAAUAGCCCCAAGGCAUAAUUAACAGCUCCAAACGACUAAUUAACAGCCCCCAAUGGGUAAUUAAUGGCCCACAAGGGAUAAAUAACGGCUCCAAAGGGUAAUUAAUGGUCUCUAAUGGUAAUUAAUAGCCUCCAAUGGGUAAUUGACAGCCCCCAAGGGGCAAUAAACAGCCCUAAAGUGGUAACUGAAAUGCCCCAGGGGUCAUUAAUUGCCCCCAGGGGGUAAUUAACAGCCCCCAUGGGGUAGUUAAUGCCAUCUAAGAGUAAUUAAUAGCCCCAAUAGGUUAAUUAACAGCACCCAGGCAUAAUUAAUAGCCCCAAAAAGCAAUCAAAAGCCCUAAAGAGUCAUUAACAGCCCCCAAGGGGUAAUUAAGGCUCCUAUUGCAUAAUUAACACACCGCAAGGGGCGGAGCUUACCGUAAGGGGGCGGAGCUUACCGUAAGGGGGCGGGGCCCACCCAAAAAGGGAAGUAAAGGAGGAAGGGGGGGCGGAGUUUAACCCACGUGACCAAAGGGGGCGGGGCUUCCCCAUUGGCCCCUCCCACUUCCCCAUUGUCCGCGCGGGUCCGUGUCCGGUGGCGCCAUGAGCCCCCCCCCCGCACUGCUCCUGCUGCUGCUGCUGCUGAUGGGAUUGGCCGCUGCAGAGGGAGAUUGCAGCUCCUGCCUGCCGGGCCCGGGACCAAUCGCAGCUCUGGUGGCCGCUGACAUCAUCAUGACGCUGCUCAUCGCGGGCGGGGCCUAUUGCCUGGGAGGGCGGGGCCAGAGAGGCGCGCCCAAGCCCCGCCCCCAGGAGGUGGAGCCGACCUAUCAGGAGCUACAGGGCGCACGUGGAGACGUCUACAGCGAGCUCAAGCGAUAGCCCCGCCCCCUCCCCCUCCCCCCACACCGGGCUCUGGCCCCUCCCCC